AUGAUUCGAUUGGCGACGCUGGGCGAGGCAAAUCCAGACACAGCCACCACAUACAACAACAUGGCCGGUGUCUACGACAACCAGGGCCAGUACGACAAGGCGCUCGAGUACUACAGCAAAGACUUGAAGAUCACAUUUGCAACGCUGGGUGAGGAGCACCCGGCGCACCCCCACACGGCCACCACCUACAUUGGCAUGGCCGGUGUCUACAAGAAGCAGGGUCAGAACGACAAGGCGCUCGAGUGCCACGGCAAGGCCCUGGCGAUCAAGUUGGCGACGCUGGGUGAGGAGCAUCCGAACACGGCCGCCACCUACAACAACAUGGCCGGCCUCUACAAAGAGCAGCGCCAGGACGACAAGGCGCUCGAGUACUACGACAAGGCCCUGACGAUUCAAUCGUUGACGCUGGGUGAGGCGCACCCCUCCACGGCGACCACCUACCACAGCAUGGCCCUUGUCUAUAACAACCAGAACCAGCACGAGCAAGCGCUCGAGUACUUCAACAAGGCCCUGACGAUCCGAUUGGCGACGCUGGGCGAGGAGGACCAUCACACGCGCCAAGUUCAAGCGGCUAUUCGCCGGUUAGAGGAAGCCCGAUAA